AUGGCUGUGGACCAGAAUUCUGCAGCGAUUUCUUCGGCUCCGGUCAUACAUGUGGCGUGGAUUGGAAUGGUAGGAUCAGUUUUGGGGUGUGGGGGAUGUUUUCGACAAAAUUUGAUGAUUUUUUUUAUUUUUUAGGAUGAACCCGAGCCAUAUCGUCAAGAAGAAAGCGCCGAAAUCCCAUUGUUUGUGGCUUCAAACCGAACGGAAUUCGUAUGCCAAGUGAAAGUCCCGUGCUCCCAAGGCCAAAGAGAGCAGUGGGUCCUGGCGGCGUUUACCCGGAUUUGA